UCUCUCUCUCUUGCUUUUGAUUCUACGACUACUGCUACCUUUUUGGUGUCACGCUUAGACUGCUGCUUCUUUACAGACUUCAACUACUAUACCGUGAGAUUGUGAAGAUGAAGAAGAAACCCUAGUUAAUUCUGCCACUGAGGUCGUCGAACUUUCGAUAUUAGAUUGUCUGUUUCUCGCCAGAUCCGGACGCCAUUCAAGUAGAAUGGAGGAGCCACCAGUCCAGACUAGCGAGGAGCAGGUGCAAAAGUCCGGAAUGCCAGAAUUGAAAGAAAAAUCUCCUUCAGAAAAUGUGAAGAAAGGUUUGAAGAAUACAAAAGCAAAUGCUACUGCAGAAAGGCUGUCAAGGCCCAUGGUGUCUACAAGAAACAGAAUGGAACCAACUAGUAAUUUGAACACAAGCACUGCUUCAUUGAAAAGUACAUCUUCAUUGAAAAGUACCUCUUCUACAAAAUCAUCUGUAACCAGAACUGUGGUAACUGGUUCUUCAAAAACAUCAAAUUCAGCUCCAGUAAUCAGAAGAAACAGCACAGGAGGUGUGCUCGAGAAACAGACGCCCACAGUAGCAAAACGAAAUGUGACAACUAAUUCAGUUCCUGGUAAAAAGACCAGUCCUUUGGGCUCGGAACCGUUGAGGCGGUCUCUACCAGAAGUUCAGAGGAGUCCCCUCCCAUUGGGUUCUGGCAAAUCAUUGAUUCGGAGUAGCACCCUAGAUACUAGAAAGACAACUCCUUCUACACCUCUUGCUCGAACCUCAAGAACAUUACCUAAUUCUGAUGGAAGCAAACUUGAUUCUGGAAAGAAAUCUGCUGUAAAAUCCUCACCAUCAGUUUCUUCUACGAGAACGACUUCUACAACGUUGGAUGCUAUUAGCAGCAGUGCAACUAGAAAGGCAGUUUCAAAGAUCUCCUCACCAUCGACUCGAUCGCCUUCAGUUAGUAGUGGAUCAAAAGUCAGUUCUGUCUCCUCUUCAGCUGAUAGGACUUCUGCUUUAUCUGGGCGUAAGAAAGUCGGAACACCUGAUAGUCGGGAUUCUCGGUUGAUUAUGCUUCCUCAAGUGGAGGUAAAAGCUGGUGAUGAUGUGAGGCUUGACUUAAGAGGUCAUAGAAUUCGAAGUUUGGCUUCCAGUGGAUUGAACUUGUCAUCAAGUUUGGAGUUUGUUUACCUGAGAGAUAAUCUCCUAUCUACACUGGAAGGGGUUGAAAUAUUGAAGCGGGUGAAGGUUCUUGAUUUGAGUUUUAAUGACUUCAAAGGUCCUGGAUUUGAACCCCUUGAAAAUUGCAAAGCAUUGCAGCAACUCUAUCUCGCUGGGAACCAAAUUACAUCUUUAGUAAGCCUUCCAGAACUUCCAAAUCUAGAGUUCUUGUCUGUUGCACAAAACAAGUUGAAGUCUCUUUCCAUGGCAAGUCAACCUCGACUACAGGUAUUGGCUGCAAGCAAAAAUAAAAUAUCCACGUUAAAAGGUUUCCCAUAUCUACCAGCCCUUGAGCAUUUAAGAGUCGAAGAAAAUCCCAUAUUGGAGAUGCGUCAUCUUGAAGCAGCUUGUAUUUUGCUUGUCGGUCCAACUUUAAAAAAGUUUAAUGAUCGAGAUCUUUCUCGUGAAGAAGUGACAUACUCAAAGAGUUAUCCUGCACAUACGCCUCUGUGCAUCAAAGGUGGUUGGGAAUUUUGCCAUCCAGAUCAUGCUUUCGAUUCAACGUUUCGGUUUCUGCUGGAUCAGUGGAAAGAUCAACUUCCACCUGGCUAUGUGCUUGAUGGAGCUUCUGUUGACCAACCAUUUGAAGCAGAUGCUUGCAGCUGCCACUUCAACUUCAUCAAAGACAAGGCUGACAGUAAUAAUAAGGACUUGGUCUUCAAGUAUCAAUGGUUUGUUGGGGAGAGUACUCUGUCAAACUUUGUCCCAAUUCUUGAUGCUAUAGGAGAGGUUUAUUGGCCCAAACACGAGGACAUUGACCAAGUUCUGAAGGUGGAGUGUACCCCUAUCCUAGAAGGGUUUGAGCAUCCUGCGGUCUUUGCUAUAUCUUCACCAGUUUCUCCUGGAACUGGAUAUCCAAAGGUGCUGAAAAUUGAUGCGCAUGGGGAAUUAGUGGAGGGAAACAUUAUAAGGGGCAACAUAGUUGUUGCUUGGUGUGGUGGUACGCCUGGAAAAAGUGUUGCAAGUUGGUUAAGGAAAAGAUGGAAUAGCAGCCCGGUGGUGAUUGUUGGUGCUGAAGAUGAGGAAUACCAGUUGACUUUGGAUGAUGUUGACUCAUGUUUGAUGUUUAUGUACACUCCUGUGACAGAGGAAGGAACUAAAGGAGAACCUCAAUAUGCAAUUACGGACUAUGUAAAAGCAGCUCCUCCAUCUGUUAGUGAUGUACAGAUUGUGGGUGAUGCUAUUGAAGGAAACUCCAUGAAAGGUGUUGGGAAGUACUUUGGAGGAAGAGAGGGUCCAAGCAAGUUUGAAUGGCUCCGUGAAAAUAAGGAUAAUGGAGAUUUUGUAUUGGUGUCAGCUGGUACAACUGAAUACACAUUGACAAGAGAAGAUGUUGGCCGGCGCUUGGCCUUUAUCUACAUACCCAUUAAUUUUGAGGGUCAAGAAGGCAAAUCUGCAUCAACUGUCUCUCUUGUAGUCAAGCCAGCUCCUCCAAAAGUGACAAAUGUGAAGAUAAUUGGUGAUCUAAGGGAAGGGAGUAAGGUCACCGUGACUGGUACUGUGACUAGUGGAACAGAAGGAUCUAGCCGAGUGCAGUGGUUCAAGAAAAGUUCUUCCAAACUGGAGGGGGAGACUGGUCUUGAAGCUGUUAGCACUUCUAAAAUCGCUAAGGCUUUUCGCAUACCUCUAGGAGCUGUUGGAUAUUUUAUAGUUGCAAAAUUUACUCCCAUGGCUCCUGAUGGUGAAGCUGGUGAACCAGGAUAUGCUAUAUCUGAAAGUGCAGUAGAAACCCUUCCUCCGAGUCUAAAUUUUUUAUCAAUUACUGGAGAUUACUGUGAGGGAGAAAUAUUAACAGCAUCUUAUGGGUAUAUUGGGGGGCAUGAAGGAAAAAGUAUCUAUAAUUGGUAUCUCCACGAGGUUGAAACUGACUCUGGCAGUCUAAUACCUGAGGUAACAGGUCUUCUUCAGUACCGCAUCACAAAAGAUGCAAUUGGUAGAUUUAUUUCUUUUACCUGCACACCCCAACGCAAAGAUGGCAUGUCAGGAGAGUCAAGAACCUGCAUGGGACAGGAGCGGGUUCGACCUGGCAGCCCAAAGUUGCUUUCCCUGGAAAUAGUUGGAACUGCAAUGGAAGGCACUACAUUAACAGUGGAUAAGAAAUAUUGGGGUGGAGUAGAGGGAGACUCAGUUUUCCGCUGGUUCAGGACAGGUUUAGAUGGCACAGAAUAUGAAGUUAAAGAUGCAACUACUUCCUCAUAUGCCCUCUCACUUGAUGACAUUGGCUUUUAUGUAUCCGUGUCCUGUGAGCCUGUUAGAAGCGAUUGGACUUGUGGUCCUGUAGCGCUCUCGGAGCAAAUUGGACCAAUUAUACCUGGUCCUCCAACUUGUCAAUCUCUUGAAUUUACUGGAUCAUCAAUUGAAGGACAGCGAUUGAACUUCAUUUCAUCAUAUAGUGGAGGGGAAAAAGGAGACUGUUUCUUUGAAUGGUUUAGAGUGAACAACAAUGGCACCAAGGAAAAGCUUAUCAAUUCUUGUGAAUAUUUGGACUUGACUCUGGAGGAUGUGGGCAAAUUCAUGGAGCUUGUUUACACUCCCGUAAGAAAUGAUGGUGUGCGAGGGAGUACGAAGAGUAUAACAUCUGGUGUUGUUGUUCCUGGGGAACCCAUUGGUGUGAAGCUUGUUAUUCCCGUUUGUUGUGAGGAUAUGGAGAUAGUUCCUGAGAAAACUUACUUUGGUGGACAAGAAGGUGAAGGGCAAUACAUAUGGUACAGAUCUAGAACCAAGUUACAAGGAUCUUCUCUGAGGGAUAUAUCUGAUGACCUUGAAGAUGUAUUUUUGUGUGGAAAAUCAUUGAAAUAUACACCAGUGCUGGAAGAUGUUGGAGCUUUUUUGGCAUUAUACUGGCUUCCAACCCGGAUUGAUAGAAAACACGGAGAUCCCUUGGUCUCAAUUUGUGACACUCCAGUUGUGCCAGCCUUUCCAGUUGUUUCGGAUGUUCAUGUAAAAGAGUUAUCAUCUGGGACAUAUUGUGGAGAAGGAAAAUAUUUUGGUGGAUAUGAGGGUGAAAGCUUGUUCAGUUGGUAUAGAAAAACAGAUGACGGAAACACCACUCUCAUUCCCGAAGCCAAUUCUAGGACUUAUGCAGUUACAGAUUCAGACUAUAAUUGCCGCUUGUUGUUUGGAUAUAAACCAGUUCGGUUGGAUUAUGUUGAGGGAGAACUACGACUCUCUGAACCAACAGGAAUUAUUCUCCCAGAGCUUCCCAAAAUUGAAAUGCUUGCUCUAACUGGGAAGGCAAUUGAAGGAGACGUGCUAACUGCUGUAGAAGUAAUUCCGGAAAGUGAAAUUCAGCGACAUGUUUGGGGAAAAUAUAAGAAAGAUACAAAAUAUCAAUGGUUCUGCACCUCUGAAGCAGGAAACAUGUCCUUUGAGCCAUUACCUUCACAACGUUCUUGUUCCUAUAAAGUGCGUUAUGAGGAUAUUGGUCAUCAUCUAAGGUGUGAGUGCAUUGUCACUGACGUCUUCGGAAGGUCAACUCAACCAGCCUAUGCUGAAACUUCCUCUAUUUUGCCAGGAUUUCCUCGUGUGGAUAAACUUGAGAUUGAGGGUAGGGGCUACCAUACCAACUUAUAUGCUAUUCGUGGUGUAUAUAGCGGAGGAAAGGAGGGGAAAAGUAGUAUACAGUGGCUCAGGUCAAUGGUUGGAAGUCCCGACCUUAUCUCAAUUUCUGGGGAAACUGGAAAGAUGUAUGAAGCUAAUGUUGACGAUGUCGGAUACAGAUUAGUUGUGGUCUAUACUCCUGUAAGAGAAGAUGGGGUUGAGGGCCAACCUGUUUCUGCUUCAACAGAACCUAUUGCAGUUGAACCUGAUAUUCUUAAAGAAGUGAAGCAAAAGCUUGAUCUUGGGGCGGUGAAGUUUGAGGUAUUAUGUGACAAGGAACGAUCUCUUAAAAAGGCCCCAGGUCCUGGUACUCUUGACAGAAGAAUUCUUGAAGUUAAUAGGAAGCGAAUAAAGGUUGUGAAGCCAGGUUCCAAGACUUCAUUUCCAACAACAGAAAUCCGUGGGUCUUAUGCUCCACCUUGCCAUGUGGAGCUAUUCAGAAAUGAUCAACAUCGGCUAAGAAUUGUUGUUGACAGUGAAAAUGAAGUGGACUUGCUGAUGCAAACCCGACAUCUUCGGGAUGUGAUCGUACUUGUAAUCCGGGGGCUUGCUCAGCGAUUUAACAGCACUUCCCUCAAUUCCCUGCUCAAGAUAGAAACAUAAUAAUUUAUGCCAUUUGCUUUUCUUCUGUGUGCUGCUUUCAUGUAACAAAGCUUUUUUUACAAGCAGGUUGGUUCUUUGAGAAUAUUGAUGUGUCAUCUUUGUUUAUAUUUGUUGUUAGAGCUUUGAUUGGAAAGAAAGGUCUAAAUUUGUUGUUUUUCUAUUGAGCUAAUGCUGUUAUGGAUGCAAAACAAGAAAUACUCCUUUCAGCAAUAUGAUGCGCAUGUUGUAGUGAAUUCACUGGAAAUUUAUCAAAAGUUUUUAUUCUCGAA